AUUUGUUCCGAAAAGGCCGGUUUGUAAGCCGCGAGCUAGUUAAAUGAAUGGUUACCGACUUCUAUCCGCCUGGCACCUGGCAUAGCGGUAGGAGUUGGGAGGUAAUUGAUACGCACAAUAAAGGUGUCUCAUAAGCCAAAUUGGCUGGCUCUUUCAAUAGGGGUGACACUAUAAUAAACAAGACCUUUACCUUAAUAGAUUAAUUAUUUUCGUUUGUAUGAGAAAGCAGCUUUUUCAACUCGAACUCUGUUGAACCGUUUUUUUUUUUUUUGUUUGUUUGUUUGUUUUUUUUUUUUACGUCCAAAGGUCAAAAGUAACGGGACUAAAGUAUUCCGCUGUCAGUUUAAAGAUUAUAUUCAAUUGUCAUGUUUAUAAACAUGAGUGAUUAGGUACACUUGACGCGUACAAACAAAAAUGGCAGACUUCCAUAUUGAUAUGUUUUUAAAAGAAAACCUCUUCUCAAUUGUUGUGCUUUGUCAACCCGUAAAUAACAUUUUAAACGGUGAAUGAGCAUCCAUUGUACCUCGUGUAAUUUGACCUAUAUUGGGUAGUUAAAACCUUUUGUUUUUAUUAGUUUAUGCGAGCAUAUUAAGAUAAGUUGACGAAAAAGUGUGAAUACUUAAAUUACGACCUUGAAAAAAUACAAAACUAAAAAUUUGGAGAUGGAAUAAUUAAUAUAGUGCAUAUUAAAGAAUAAUUGAAUUUACAGAAAUGAAGGCCAUGUCAUAUAAAUAAUUUAUUCAAAAGUGUUGUGAAAACAUAACUUUUGCAAAUAAAAUGUAAACAUGGGAAUCUAGUUAUGGAAAUUAACCUAUUGUUGAAAUUAAGAAGUUUGUGUUGCUAAAGUCAUAUGUUUUCUGCGCAACGUUUUAUUAUAAAUUUUGCAAAAAUUAAGAAAAAUUUUGCUUACAUGACAAGAUACAAAACAUUGACAGUAGUAUAGCCGUCAGCCGCGUCUACAUCCGGAAAACAAAAAAGAAAUAUGGCGACCAACUUAGCACGAAAAUCUUUCAAUGUAACAGACGAAUGCCUGCACGUGUUAUGUGAUCCGUGCCGUUUUACUGGAAAUACGACAGUUGCAAUAAAAUACUGUACUGACUGUAACGGACAUUUGUGCCCAAACUGUGUCAACACGCAUAUGAAAGGAAAAAACACGAAAAAACACACGCUUUCGUUUAUUAAAACCAAGCGCACAUCUUCUAAUACGCGUGCGUCAGAGGGGACGGCUCAAAGUGGUAAAAGUUUUGACACGAAGUGUCUAGAGCACACGAAGCCUGUUGUUUCAUAUUGUCUUACACACGACGCACUGUGUUGCAGAGUCUGUAUUGCUUCUACACAUGUAGAAUGUAAACUCCAGGUUUUAUCUGAAGCGGCUUCAAGAAGUCGCGACAGCCGAGAAUUAAGGACAAUUGAAUCGGGAAUAAGACGUCUACAAACAAAGUUUGAAGAAACUCAACGAAAGAAACAAGGAAUUCUUCAACAUCUUGGUCUCCAAAACGAUACGUUUUCAAAAGCCGUGAAAACCUAUCGGAAAACAUUGGACAAUAUCUUGGACAAAUUAGAAUCAAAUUUGCAAAAGGGAAAAGACCGCCAUUACGAUGGAAAAGUUGAAGAGUUGAGGGGUUGUCUCAAAAUAUGCCAAGAUGCAGUUAGUGUUCUCACCGGAUCGCUUAAUGAAAUUGACAUAGCCUCGAGACAAGGGGAUGACCAGUCCUUAUUUCUAACACUCAAAAAGGUACAAGCUGUGUCUUCAAGGUAUGAAACGGUUUUAACGGACGUUGAAAAACAACUUCCUAGAAAUUACACCUUCCAUUUUCAACCCGACAUUGCCAUAGAAAGGUUCUUAAAGGGGGUGAACGAACUCGGAACUAUAAGAGACGAAAGUAAUGUCAUGAAUGGACCAUAUAUAUCUUGAAGGAAAAACA